AGAGGCAGAAAACAGGAAAAAAAAUAUUCUGCACCAAUGGACUGCAGACAUAGUACAGGAGAUGACCAGAGACUGCAGACAUAGUACAGAAGAUGACCAGAGACUGCAGACAUAGUACAGGAGAUGACCAGAGACUGUGGACAGUACAGGAGAUGACCAGAGACUGCGGGACAUAGUACAGGAGAUGACCAGAGACUGCAGACAUAGUACAGGAGAUGACCAGAGACUGUGGACAGUACAGGAGAUGACUGCUGACCUUUGGGGAGGGGGGGAGCGGAUUCCUGAAUUUGACAGCCCAGCGCCCACACUACAGAAGCCGGGAAGACAGCGCGCCGCUGGAUAGAGGAACAGGUAAGGUCCCGCUGCAGAGCUGAGCGGCCGGCCCGGUA